UAUAACAACACUGCCUUGUAAACAUGUGGUGAACAUGCGUUGAGAAGUUCCGUUGUACUAACUAAAGGAUUUGUUUAAUCAAUAAAAUUUCUAAGAGACUAUUUAUCAUGUUAACUGUCGUGACGAAAUUUGGCGUUAUCUCGAGGCUGUCUCGCAAUGAAUUGAGUAAAGCUGCAGCCAAACAAAUCGUCCUACUAAACAGGAAUUAUAUUAGAGGUUAUAUUAACUGUAAUUCAACACGGUUUUUAAAGAAAAAUCGUCACACAUUAUUGCAAUUGUCUGUACAAAAUCUUAAUUCAAAUAUUGGUUUAUCGUAUUCAACGGAUAAUAACGAACUUAGUUCUGUACAAUAUGAAAAGGUCUGCAACGAGACUUUAGAGUCAUUAACUGAAUAUUUCGAGGAACUAAUCGAAGCAGCAGCGCAUUUGUCAGAUGGGGAUGUGUCCUAUGGAGAUGGUGUACUAACUAUAAAGUUUGGUGAUCCACAUGGUACUUAUGUUAUAAAUCGCCAAACACCAAAUAAACAGAUUUGGCUUUCUUCUCCAAAAUCUGGACCGAAACGUUAUGAUUUUAUAAAUGGCCAAUGGGUAUAUAAACAUGAUGGCAAAACCUUACAUGAGCUACUCAAUAAUGAAAUACCAGCAAUUGUAAAAAAUCAAGCAUGUUUUGAUAAAUGUUCCUUUAGUGGCAAAGAAAAGGAAGCUGUGAUAGAUAAUUUCUCUGUUGAGAAGUACAAAUAAAAACAUUAUUAUAAUA